AUGUCAUCUACAAAUAAUAGGAAGAAAUUAUUAUUAAUGGGCCGGUCUGGUUCAGGUAAAUCAUCAAUGAGAUCAAUUAUAUUUAGUAAUUAUUCAGCAUUUGAUACGCGACGUCUUGGAGCUACUAUUGAUGUUGAGCAUUCACAUUUAAGAUUUUUAGGUAAUAUGACAUUAAAUUUAUGGGAUUGUGGUGGACAAGACGUAUUUAUGGAAAACUAUUUUUCAAAACAAAAAGAUCAUAUUUUUCAAAUGGUUCAAGUAUUAAUUCAUGUAUUUGAUGUUGAAUCACAAGAAGUAAUUAAAGAUAUUGAAAUUUUUAUGAGAUCAUUAAAACAAUUAAAAAAAUAUUCACCUGAUGCUAAAAUUUUUGUCUUAUUACAUAAGAUGGAUUUAGUUCAAUUAGAUAAAAGAGACGAAUUAUUUCAAAUUAUGAUGAAUAAAUUAAGUGAAGCUUCAACAGAAUAUGGUUUCCCAAAUUUAGUUGGAUUUCCAACUUCAAUUUGGGAUGAAUCCUUAUAUAGAGCAUGGUCACAAAUUGUUUGUUCUUUAAUACCUAAUAUGAGUACAUAUGAAACAAAUUUAAUUAAAUUUAAAGAAAUGUUAAAUGCUUAUGAAAUUAUAUUAUUUGAAAAAAUGACUUUUUUAGUUAUUUGUUCAAGUAAUGGAAAUUUACAAAUUAAUAAUGAUACAAAUAGUAAUACAAUUAAUAAUAAAGAUGAAAAGAAAAAAAGUAAUAUAGUGGCAAUUGAUCCAAAAAGAUUUGAAAAAAUUUCAAAUAUUAUGAAAAAUUUUAAACAAAGUUGUACAAAAUUAAAGAGUGAUUUCAAAACAUUUGUAUUAAAUGAUUCAAUAUAUGUUAGUGAAAUAUCACCAAAUAUGGUAUGUUUUAUUGUAUUGAAUGAUACUAGACAAUCACAACAAUUAGUAUUGGAAAAUGUUAGUAAAGCAUCACAGUACUUUCAAUAG